UCUUUGAUUCUCUCUAUUGAGAUAUGACCCCAUAUUUCUUGUAUAAUAUAUAUAACCCUCUUUUCUUUCUCUUCCUGUGUCUCUGGCUCUCUGCCUAGAAUCAUAAUAAUGCAUGUGGCUUCCAUCUGAUUCACAAAAAAACAGCAAUGAAUGGGUUCUAGAUAUCAAGCAUGGAAAAGGGUUCAUCCUCUUCUUCUUCCUCUGCUGCUGGUGGUGGCCCGGACUCACUCAAUGGCUUGAAGUUUGGCAAGAAAAUCUACUUUGAGGGUGUGGGUUCCGUGUUGCAGCCCAAAGCUGGCGGCGCUCCGUCGCCCUCGGCGGCGCCUCCACCUUCUCCGGCGAAGAAAGGGAGGACUGGGUUGGUGCAGAGUGGCCAGCCGCCUAGGUGUCAGGUGGAGGGUUGUAAGGUAGAUCUGAGUGAUGCUAAGGCUUACUAUUCUAGGCACAAAGUUUGUGGUAUGCAUUCCAAGUCUCCGAGGGUAAUUGUUGCUGGCCUUGAGCAAAGGUUUUGCCAGCAGUGCAGCAGGUUUCAUCAAUUGCCUGAAUUUGACCAAGGAAAGCGAAGCUGCCGCAGACGCCUUGCUGGCCACAACGAGCGUCGCAGGAAGCCACCACCAGGAUCUUUAUUGUCUCCUCGCUACGGAAGUCUUUCUUCAUCCAUGUUUGAUAACCAUAGCAAAACUGGAGGCUUUGUGAUGGAUUUCGGCGCUUACCCAACUCUCUCUGGAAAAGAUUCAUGGCCAAAUACAGCAUCAGAACGAGGAAUGGGAAAUGUAGCUGCCAUCACAGGUAAGUACCAAUUUCCGUGGCAGAGCAACUCACAAAAUCAUCUGUCUGAUCUUCUGCAAGGUACAACAAGUGGCCCGAGUUAUUCUGGUCCUGGAGUAUCUUCAGAAGAAUGUUACAGCGGAGUCUCAGACUCCAGCAGUGCUCUCUCUCUUCUGUCAAAUCAGCCUUGGGGCUCAAGAACCCGAUCGUUGAGUCUUGGGGCCAACAAUUUUCUUGGUUCCAGUGGCUCAACGGUGGUUCAGCCAUCUGUCAACCCUGGUGCAGCCAUUGAUCAGUUCACCUGCCCCUCUUGGGAUUUUAAGGGCAACCAAGCUAAUAACGCUUUGCAUGAGAUGCCUCCUGAUCUGGGUUUAGGACAGACUUCUCAUCCUGCCAACAGUCAGUAUACUGGAGAACUUGGUUUGGCUCAACCAAGUGAGGGGCAAUUCCAUGAGCUCGAUCAUUCAAGGGGCUACGACUCUCCUGUCCAGCAUAUGCACUGGUCACUUUGAAUAAUUCCUAUCUGAAUUCUCGGGUUUCACCCAACAUUUGCCAUUUGUGUAAUGUUUGUCUUUUGGGUCUCUUUCGACAGACAGACUUGCGUUUCUUUGCUUCCAACUGCUGUUUGUCUUGAAACUGUUUGUCCUAAGAAGUACAUGCUAUGAUGAGCAUGCAAUUGCGGUUUGUGUUGAAAUCAC